UGUCCAGGAGGUCGCACAGCGUACUCGUUAGGAAACGACGGAAAUGACCCGUGCCCUAGUGGUUAUGAAUGUGAAAAGUCAGUCACAGAUUUUACACGACCCAAGGAUCAUCCAAAUUAUGUAUGUUGUAAAAUAUAAUUAUAGUAAUUUAAUGCUUUUGCGGGUACCAAUAUAUCUGUAAAA